GCGGCCGCUUGGAAGAUGGCUGCGCCCUGUGGCUCGGAGCUGCCCGCCAACUCGCCGCUAAAAAUCCCGAAGAUGGAGGUGCUCUCCCCGGCGUCUCCUGGUGGCCUGAGCGACGGAAAUCCAUCGCUGUCUGACCCUUCCACGCCUCGGGGUGCCUCCCCGCUCGGGCCGGGCAGCGCCGCGGGCUCGGGGGCAGCGGCGUCUGGGGGUCUCGGGCUGGGGCUGGGGGGCCGCAGCGCCGCCUCGUCCUCGGUCUCCUUCUCCCCUGGUGGCGGCGGUGGCGGGGCUGCGGCAGCCGCCGCCGCCGCCUGCCGGGGCAUGUCGUGGACGCCGGCCGAGACGAACGCGCUCAUCGCAGUGUGGGGCAACGAGCGGCUGGUGGAGGCGCGGUACCAGCAGCUGGAGGGAGCCGGCACGGUGUUCGGCAGCAAGGCCCCCGGGCCAGCCAUGUACGAGCGCGUGUCCCGGGCCCUGGCCGAGCUGGGCUACGAGCGGACCCCGUCCCAAUGCCGGGAGCGCAUCAAGACCCUUCGCAGGUGUUACAGUCGGGUGAAAGAACAUGGUGUUGGGAAAAGAAAGAGCAGUUACACAUUUGAACAGUUGGAACAGGUGUUUGGUCAGGGAGGAUGGGAUGCUCAGCCCUGCCAGCCUGUACUUAUUAACAGUAGUGGCUUGUACCAGGAGCUGGAGUCAGAUGGCAGCACUAUGGAGGAGUAUUCACAGGAGGACUGGGGAAACCACAGUCAGGAUCUCCAUGGCUACCCAACAGAUCAGGAAUUGGAUGAAAUACCUGUCACAAAGAGAACAUUAAAAAUAAAACAGGAGUCUUCUGAAGAAGCACAGAAGAGAGACAUCAUGCAAAAUAUUGUACAGAUUUUGGAAUCAGUACAGUUGAAAUGGGAACUGUUUCAGAGCUGGACAGACUUUUCAAGGCUUCAUCUCUCUAAUAAACUGGCCAUUUUUGGAAUUGGUUAUAACACCCGUUGGAAAGAGGAUAUCCGUUACCAUUAUGCUGAGAUCAGCUCCCAGGUGCCUCUUGGCAAGCGACUCCGCGAGUACUUCAACUCUGAAAAGCCUGAGGGACGGAUCAUUAUGACCCGAGUACAGAAAAUGAACUGGAAAAAUGUUUACUACAAAUUUUUAGAGAUCACGAUAAGCGAAGCUAGGUGCCUGGAGCUGCACAUGGAAAUUGACUGGAUACCCAUUGCCCACUCCAAACCAACCGGUGGGAACGUUGUUCAGUAUUUAUUGCCAGGAGGCAUUCCCAAAAGCCCAGGCCUUUAUGCCAUUGGCUAUGAAGAAUGUAUUGAGAGGCCUCCCUCACCCCACAUGGAGCGACGUUCCCUGGACCCCGGAAAGGAGGGCCGGGUUGACUUGGAGACCCUUUCAGCACAAGCCUCAUUACAGGUGGAAAUAGAACCCACCCGAAUUAUCUAUUGCUACCUCGGGAUUGCUGAGGUCAGGACUCUGCAGCAAUGUUUAUUUCUACAUUUCCAAGCAAAUACCAAAACCUUCAGCAAAGACUGGGUUGGUAUUAAUGGAUUUUUGUCUCAGAACUGUAUUGUGGAUCCCGGAGUUUCCCCUAAAUCCAUCUACAUCAAAUUUGUAGAAGUAGAGAGGGAUUUUCUUUCCGCUGGCUCUUUAGUUGAAUGCCUGGAAAAAGCCAUUGGAUACCCCUUAAAAUUUAACAACUGAAUGUCAUCCUUCAUAAGGAUUCAGGCUCUGACCUCCCUCUCCUCUGCUCCCUUCCAUUACCCAGACUGUCCCUCGUCCAGACGCUACCAUCAAACUCUUUAUGGAAAAGCUUUCCACAAUCGGGCCAGUACAACUUUUAAGGAAUUAUGGUAGACUUUGGGCAGAAAACACAGACCUCACCUGAAAAUGCUCAUUUUGAGCAAGCAACAUACCCAGUGAACUUGCAUGGUGGGUCAGCUGUUUCUUUUUUAAAAAACAAAAAACAAUUUUUAAAUGGAUUUUAGAGCCCGAAUAUAAACAAAUGUAGGUACAUUCCAUAUUGGACAAAACUUAUACUUUGAGUUUCAUAUGAAAUUGAAAAAUUGUAUUUUUUUCACAAUGUUUCAUUUUUACACAUCUCUAUGUCUAUAUAAGUAUUAUUUACAAUCCUGAAUAAAUAAGCAAUAGACAAUGGCAAGUUAAAUCUUGAGUCACAGUAAAUAAGACUGUUUUUCAAUAUCACCCUUAGCUGUGAUUGUAUAUAAUUUAGACUUUCAUUUUUUCAUCAACCAAGUGUUUUGCUCUUCCCAGUCAGUGUUGCCUGCAAAGAACUUUGUUUCUGUGGUGUACCAAUUUUACAGUUGUGUUGCCAUUUAAACUUUUUUUUUUUUAAAAAAAAAAACAAUAUUAAAGUAAUUCCUGACCUC